AUGGGAUGCAUGCUCACUCAGGAAUAUGAAGAUAGGGUAGAGAGAGCCAUCUACUACUUGAGCAAGAAAAUGCUAGACUAUGAGACCCGGUACACUCCUUUGAAGAAAGCUUGUCUGGCCUUGGCGCUUACGGGUAGGCUGGCUCGUUGGUUACUUCUUUUCUUCGAAUUUGAUCUUAAAUAUGUCACCCGUAAGUCGAUAAAGGGAAGAGCUGUAGCAGAGUUCCUAGCAGACCACCUGGUAGAAGGGGACGAAGAAGUGGAAUACUUGUUCCCAGAUGAAGCCAUUUUGCAAGUUGAGGAGAAAACUUGGACGAUGUACUUUGACGGAACGUCCAAUCAUUACGGUUAUGGGAUAGGUGUUUUGGUGAUAGCACCUGACGACUCCCAUAUGCCUUUAGCCUUCAAACUCCAGUUCAAGGUGUCCUACAACGAAGUAGCAUAUGAAGCGUGUAUUGCUGGUUUAGAAGCUACCCUGGAACAAGAGGCAAUGAGGUUGGAUGUCAUCAGGGCUCAAACUUAA